GUUUGGUCCCAUUCUCCUGGCACGUAUACGUUGGAUAUUCGCCCAAACUUGAUCGCGCAGCAUAACUACACUCGUGGCAGACAGACACCGCUCGCUCGAUAUCUCUCUCUCACGCCACCGUCACUAGUAUCAUGCCGCCCAAAUCAACCAAGCCAGCCGUGGCCACCACCAACAAGCGCCUGCAUGCUAUCGUCACCAAACCUGCUGCGGCGCCUCCAGCACUGCUGAAGAAGCGCCGCACGUCGCUUGUCCGCCCAGACAUCGUCGAGGUCAUCACGCCACCGAAAGGUUUCAUGGACGUUGCGCCCACGCCACACGGCCCUCCUUCGACGAUGCCGCCAACGCCCUCGUUUGGCGCGACGAGGUUCAACCAACUGCCCACGCCACCUGAAGAUUCCACGAUGGCACCACCGGCGGCAGGGGCCAAGUCGGCCGCGUCGUAUUCGUCGUCGGGAGAAACGUCCGUGUCGAAUCGGUCGACGCCGUCGUCUCCCGUCAAAGGGGAAAAGCAAGCAGGACCACCCGCCGCGCCCUCAGCCUCCUCCUCAUCUUCUUCUUCGAACAUAAAGAACAGCUUUCGGUCGUGGAACGUCGGCACUCGCUACCGCCUCGUGCGCGUCCUCGGCAAGGGCUCGUACGGCCAGGUGGCGGAAGCAUACGAUACGAUCGGCAACAAGCGCGUGGCGAUCAAAAAAAUCAACAACGUGUUUGACCAAGAAGUCGAUUGCAAGCGACUGUACCGUGAAAUUUACAUUCUGCGCCACCUCCGCCAUCCCGAAGUGAUCACGUUGCUGGAUGUCCUGCAGCCGCCAUCGUACGCGACGUUCAACGACCUGUACUUGGUGUUUGAGUUUGUCGAUACGGACUUGCACAAGUUGAUUAUGAGUCCCCAGUACUUGACCACGCGGCAUAUCCAAGUAUUUUUAUAUCAACUGCUGUGUGCACUCAAGUACAUUCACUCGGCGAAUGUCAUCCACCGCGACAUGAAGCCAGCGAAUAUUUUGGUCAACGAAGAUUGUACGCUCAAGAUUUGUGAUUUUGGCCUGGCACGAGUUGUGGACGAAGCCAUCUUGAAAGAAAACGCCCAUGUCGAGCCCGUGUCCCCCGCCUUUCGAAACAAAAAGGGCGGUGAUAACCCCCACAUGCCAAAGUUCCAACGCCAACUGACCAAACAUGUCGUGACCCGGUGGUACCGCGCCCCUGAGUUAAUACUGCUCCAGGACUAUGGCUACGCUGUGGACUUGUGGAGUUUAGGGUGUAUCUUUGCAGAACUGUUGAGCAUGCAAGUCGAAAGCUGCUCGCAGUACCAGUCUCGGACUCCCAUCUUUCCAGGUCGUUCUUGCUUUCCAUUGAGCGCAGACCGACCAACCACCUACUCGGACAAGCUCGAUCAACUGAAUGUUAUUUUCAACGUGAUUGGCACGCCAAGCGAAGAAGACAUUGGCAACUUGGGCGAGGUGAAACAAUAUCUGCGAAAAUUGCAGCGCAAAGACCCGAUGAACCUGGCGCAGGUGUACCCUGGCGCCCCCCCUGAAGCCCUGGACCUGCUGCAACAAUUUCUGACCUUCAACCCCGACCGUCGGAUAACUGUACGUGUGCUUGUAAAACAAGUAUGAUGUGGAUUGGACAAUAUCUGUCGACUCAUGAGUUGGCAAAAACAUAGCUGGAAGGCGCGCUGAACCAUCCAUUUCUCGCAGAUAUUCGACUACCCGCAAAAGAGGUCGUGGACAUGCAGCCAUUGGACAUGGAAUUUGAAAACGUGCCGUUGAAUCGUGAAAAAUUGAAGAGUAUGUGUUGUCUGGUGGUAUAUUGCUUGAUCACGGGUGACAUAUAUAUAUAUAUAGGUCGAAUUUUCAGUGAAAUACAGCACUUUCAAGCACGAAACGCCGAGAUCCAAGCUGCGCGAUGCCAUCAAACCAUGUCGUCGAAUAGGACAGCAAGGGACCUCCCGCCCACGAUGCAGCAUUGACAUGACAUGUUGCCGUCCGUAACAAGACAUACCCGCC